UUUUUUUAUUCUGGUAAGUUUUGGGUUAAAGUCUCUCUAUUUAUUCUUGUUCUGGGAGGUCUUGGGUUCAAAUUCCUCUUUUUGCAAUUUUCCCCCCUUGCAGUAUGUUUAUCUCUUUGGUGUCCUAUUUUGCUUUGCGUGCAAGUGUUUGCAUCUCCACAUGUAAGGCGUGAGGAAGGAUGUCUAAUAGCUUGAUCAACAUUUGGUAUUUCCACGUGCAAGGUGAGGUUGCAUGUAGGAAGGAUGUUGAAUAACUCGAUAUACAUGUUGGAUAUGCCCUUGUUUUGGUAACAAUAUGCCCUUGUUCUUGUUGUUACCAAUCUCCUUCACAUGGCUUCAUCCCCACCAUUUGCUGCUUAAUUGCCUCUCGAAUUGUGGAAACAUGCAACCACGCUAGUACAUGUUAAUCCCCGCAUUUCAUGGACUAACUGUGAUAUGAUUGUACUUCCUCCAAGGUGGGAUCCCAUGGUUGUGAAGGAGCCUGUUUUUCUACUAAUUAGUUCCCCUAAUGGGACCCAUUACAACAAGCAUGACUUAUUCCAUUGUCUCAUCUCUUACUGUCAAAAGUUGUGCCACCUUUUGCAAUGCAAUGAUCAAAGAUCAAAAGAUGUUGAGGAUCUUGCUCUCAGAGCUCUGCCUCACCGUCGACCUCACACCGGUGGUCUAUACAAAGCCGAUCUGCCAGAAAAUCUGGAAGGCAUCGAAAUGGUGGUGGUACGAAUUCGGAGCAAGACCUUGUGGAAUAGAGGUGCUAAUUUCAGCUACAUUCACAUCCCUCGAAGGACUCUUCCAGUGCCUUAUGUGAGGAGAAUCUCUCUUAUGUAUCUAGAUUUUGGCAACUGGUCUUCGUACUUCAACAAGAUGGAAGGUUACUCCCUGGUGUCUUCUGUAGUUGGUUUCAUGGCUUUUGAUGCCUCAAAUAUAAGCUCCAAUAAUGUCACGAAGCUCGAUCUCAACCCCAAGGUAAAGCCGAUAGAGAUUCAGUUUCCCAGUUUGGAACUCCCAGAAGAAAGUAAUGGAAGAGAAAGAUGUGCUAGAUUCGGUGCAAACAGGACAGUUCAUCUCAGCGAAAUGAGCACACGGAAUUCGUGUUAUAGUAGACAUCAGGGUUUUUUGUCCAUAGUUGUUCCAUUGGAGAGGAAGCAGAGGGUGUGGGAUUGGUGGGUGAAGGGGUUUGUGCUUGGAUUUGUCGGACUGGUGGUGGUUUGGUUUGUGGGGAUGGUACUUGUCAAGGUUGUAACGGCAAAGAAAAUCCAUGAAAUGGAGAGAGAAGCAGAGAAAAGUGUCGAUCUUGAAACCAUUUGGAUAGGUACCAGCAAAAUGCCUACUGCAGCUGUUACAAGAACUCACCCAGCCAUUGAGAAUGCAAGUAUUUGAUAGCUCUACAUUUUCGUUCUUUCCUGAUCUUCAUUUCUUUCUCAAAAACACAAGGUGCAAAUUUCAUCUAUCUUCUUUACGGCUAAGUUAAUUGUUAAUGUGUUCUAAAAUGUUUUAGAAUGCAUAAUUCAGAGUUGAAUAUGUCA